CGGCGAGAUAUCCAUUUUGCCUUUCCUACGGACUGCACAGCAUAUAGUUGAGAUAUAAUUACAUGCUUUCCGUUCAAGGGUCUGGUUAACUAUCUGUGAUCCCCUCACUCUUUUCUCUAUAAGCUUAUCUUGGUUACUCCAGCAAGUUCUAUGAACUUGAUCUCAUUCAGUCUUCGUCACUUGAGCCAAUUGUCUGAGACACACACACACAUAUACACACACAGAGAUAGAGAGAGAGAGAGAACAGCAAAAGGACUCGCCAUCUGCUUGUUUUUGGUAUCAGACGAAGGCUUUUUUACCCGCGAGCAAGCAGUUGCUUGUGUGCUAGAGCCGUUCGGUUAGGUGUCAUCGCCCAAACAAAAUGCCUUACGACAUAGACAAAGCGAGCGGUUCAUUCGAAGCCAUGACGGUUGAGCAGGACCAAGACCAACUCAGGGCACAUGGCCUCUGCCCCGAAUCCCGCGUCCUCAUCGUCAUGACGGGCGGCACAAUCUGCAUGCGCCGUUCCUCGUCCGGGUUUGUCCCAGCCCGGGGUUUCCAAGACGCCGCUCUUCGUCCAUCCUCAACGUUCAACGACGGCUCGAAUCCCGGGCCAGUCGACGUAGUCAUCAACGCAUCUGGCGAGCGGAAGAGUUACCCUACGCUGCGCACCCCUUUAAGCAUAUAUGACGCGCGGGUCCGAUAUGCCGUGUACGAGUUCGAGGAGUUGCUAGAUAGCAGCUCGAUCGACGCAAAAGGGUGGGCGCAGAUCGCGAGAACUAUCUAUUGGAAUUACACCCUCUUCGACGGCUUCGUUGUCCUGCAUGGCACCGACAGCCUGGCGUAUACCUCCUCCGCGCUGAGCUUCAUGUUCCAGAAUCUGGGCAAACCGGUCAUCCUCACGGGUUCGCAGGCGCCGAUGCUGGAGCUCCAGAACGACGCAACAGAUAAUCUACUCGGAUCUUUGAUCAUCGCAGGUCAUUUUAUGAUUCCGGAAGUGUGCUUGUAUUUUAAUCAUAAUCUCUUCCGUGGAACUCGAGCAACCAAGGUUGCAGCGAGCGAUUUCGCGGCCUUUGCAUCGCCGAAUUUCCCUCCGUUGGCUGUGACGACGUCGAUGCGGACGCACGUAAAGUGGGAACAGGUGCAUAAGCCUACUACUAUUAAACAUUUCAGCAUCCAGAUGAACCUAGAUACGACGCAUGUGGCGUGCUUGAGGAUAUUCCCUGGUAUAAAGCCUGAGAUGGUUGAUGCGGUGCUUCGACUACCUGGAUUACGCGGCUUGGUGCUGGAGACCUUUGGCGCCGGGAACGCACCUGGAGGACAAGACAACGCCAUGACCAAGGUGCUUGCUGAUGCUAUUCACCGUGGAAUUGUCAUUGUGAAUGUGACUCAGUGCUUAUCUGGGAGCGUGAGCCCUGUAUACGCUCCGGGAAUGACUUUAUCACGGGCGGGUGUGGUUGCAGGAUUAGACAUGACCACGGAGGCGGCUCUCACAAAGCUCGCGUUCUUGCUAGGGGUGCCCGACACGACGCCGCAGUCUGUCGCUCGAGAUAUGUCGAUCUCCCUUCGGGGUGAACUCACGGAGCACUCACAUCCCGUGUUCAGACAUCCUGACGGUACGCUGCCUGAUCGGAUAAAGAAUCUGGCGGCGCUUGGUUAUGCAGUUGCCCAGGGGAACUUGGAGAAGGUAAAAGAAAUCAUGCGAACGGAGCAGGAUUGGAUUCUUAACGAUGCAGAUUAUUCUGGGAACACACCAUUGCACCUCGCUGCCACUUCGCCCAAUCUUGGCAUCUUGAGGUACUUUCUCCUCCACGGCGGCUCUGUUCAUCUGCGCAACUAUGCAGGGCGCACGCCGUUGUUUCUGGCCGCCAACGCGGGACUGAUCGACCAUGUCAAUUUACUACGGGAGUCCGGAGCGCACCUGCACGAGGAUGAGCGAGGUGUCGCAGAGUUACACGCCCGCGGACGACCAGAUAUAUGGACGCUGGCAGGAGUUGACGUGAAAGUGGUGAACCGAAUGGAGGGGGAAUCCGAUUCAAAUGGGGAGAGAAAGACGAAUGGUAACGCGUCGGUUCCUACAUGA